CUAAAAAGAAAAGAGCUACUACGAUAAAUGAUUGGUUUCAAUGCGAACUUAUGUUUAUCAAAAAAUCUUUAAAAAUUAGAUCUACAUCUAGAUCUAGAAUAUAAAUCUCGGAAUCAAGACUAGAUUCUAUAUCUAGCAAGCUAGAUUUAUCUUAUUUAUAAUGGACAUUUUCGAAACUCAUAAUGAAGGCCCAGGAUUUGUUGGUAUACGUUUUUGUAAGGAAUGCAACAACAUGUUAUAUCCAAAAGAGGACAAAGAAAACAGAAUUCUGCUGUAUGCAUGCAGGAAUUGUGAUUACCAACAAGAGGCUGACAACAGAUGUAUUUAUGUCAACAAAAUUAUGCAUGAAGUCGAUGAAUUAACUCAGAUAGUUGGGGAUGUUAUUGCUGAUCCAACUCUACCACGAACUGAAGACCAUCACUGUCCUAAAUGUGACCACAGAGAGGCAGUAUUUUUCCAGUCUCACAGCACAAAGGCAGAAGAGGGCAUGAGAUUGUAUUAUGUUUGUACCAAUGCACAGUGCAUGCACCGGUGGACAGAGUAAGCCUGGUUCCAGUCAGCUAAUGUAUACGAUCCUUUUUUUUUUUUUUUGGCUUGUACAAAUGUUACCAUAGACACUGUUCUUUUGUUAAACAAUAAAGCUAUAAACUUGC